AUGCCGCUGGGACUGCGGGGCAAGAAGAAAGCCCGGUCCAAGGACGUGUCCAAGUUGAUGGAGGGCGAGCCGAUCUCUCAGAGCGCUGGGAGCGCCCAGUCCCUGCCCCUGGAGCUCCAGCCCAAGCCCAGGCUGGUAUUCCACACGCAGCUGGCACACGGCAGCGCCACGGGCACAGUGGAGGGCUUCUCUAGCAUCCACGAGCUCUACGCCAAGAUCGCCCAGGCUUUCGACAUCUCGCCCUCGGAGAUUUUGUACUGUACUUUAAGUACUCCCAAGAUUGACAUGGAAAGACUCUUAGGAGCACAGAUUGGACUGGAAGAUUUAAUAUUUGCCCAUGUGAAAGGAAUUCAGAAAGAAGUGAAUGUGUAUAAAUCGGAGGAUGCCCUUGGCCUCACCAUCACAGACAAUGGCGUUGGCUAUGCUUUUAUAAAGAGAAUAAAAUACGGCAGCCUGAUGGACUCAGAGAAGAGCGUCUGCGUGGGGGAUCACAUCGAAGAGAUAAACGGACAAAAUAUUGUUGGAUGGCGGCACUAUGAUGUCGCUAAGAAGCUCAAAGAGCUCAAGAAGGACCAGUCAUUUUCGCUGAAGUUAAUAGAGCCCAAGAAGGCUUUCGAAAUCCAGCCAAGGUCAGGGGCUGGAAAGACAACGGGCGGAAAAAUCACCUCUGGCAAGGGAACCUUACGGCUGAGAUCAAAAGGUCCCGCCACUGUGGAAGAGCUGCCUUCGGAGUCAGAUGAGAAAGCCAUUAAGAAGGUGGAUAGUCUUCUGGAAUUAUACCUGGGGAUUCGAGAUAUUGAAUUAGCUACAACAAUAUUCCAAGCUGGAAAAGACAAGUUGAAUCCAGAUGAGUUUGCCGUAGCUCUGGAUGAGGGUCUCGGAGACUUUGCAUUUCCAGAUGAAUUUGUCUUUGAUGUAUGGGGCGCCAUCGAUGAUGCCAAGCAAGGGCGGUUACAGUGA